AUGGCGUCGUUGCCUCCUCCCCCUCCCCCCGGAUGGGGUGCAGCAGCCCCUCCUUCCAUGCCUUUGGCGCCGCCGCCGCCAGGAUACCAGCCCCCGGCGGAUCCGAAUGUCGCAAAGUUUGCUCAGAAGAAGAACGAGUGGCUGCGGACGCAGCGCAAUCGGUUUGGAGAGAAGAGGAAAGGCGGGUUUGUUGAGACACAGAAGGCGGACAUGCCUCCAGAGCACCUGCGGAAGAUUGUCAGAGAUAUCGGCGACGUAUCACAGAAGAAGUUCAGCAAUGAGAAGCGCAGCUAUCUCGGCGCGCUGAAGUUCAUGCCUCACGCAGUCCUGAAACUGCUGGAGAACAUGCCCAUGCCUUGGGAAUCGGCUCGUGAGGUCAAGGUGCUGUACCAUGUGAAUGGCUGCCUCACGCUCGUGAACGAGACCCCGAGGGUCAUCGAACCGGUUUUCCAUGCUCAGUGGGCUACAAUGUGGGUGUGUAUGCGGCGAGAGAAGAGCGACCGCAGACAUUUCAAGCGGAUGCGCUUUCCCCCUUUCGAUGACGAGGAACCUCCCCUAUCGUGGUCGGAGAAUAUCGAAGACGUCGAGCCCUUGGAGCCAGUCCAGAUGGAGCUCGACGAAUCCGAAGAUGCCCCCGUGUAUGAGUGGUUCUACGAUCACCGCCCGCUACUUGAUACCCCUCAUGUCAAUGGACCAAGCUACAAGAGCUGGAAUUUGUCCCUUCCACAGAUGGCAACUCUCUACCGGUUAAGUCAUCAGUUGCUCAGUGAUGUGGUCGACCAGAAUUACUUUCACAUGUUUGAUCUCAACAGUUUCCUUACGGCAAAGGCCUUGAAUGUUGCCAUCCCCGGUGGCCCACGCUUUGAGCCUUUGUACAAGGACAUCGACCCUAAUGACGAGGAUUUCGGUGAAUUCAACGCGAUUGAUCGCAUCAUCUUCCGAGCACCCAUCCGGACGGAGUACAGAGUCGCUUUCCCUUUCUUAUAUAACACCCUGCCGAGAAGCGUGAAAGUUUCCUGGUAUUCUCAUCCUCAAGUCGUUUACGUCCGAACCGAUGAUCCUAACCUUCCUGCUUUCUACUUCGACCCUGUCAUUAAUCCCAUUUCGUCGCGCUCUGUCGCCCCCAAGAACAUUACGGUCACUCAUGAGGAUGAGAUCUUUGGACCCGGGAACAACGAGGACGAUCUUUUUGAACUCCCACCGGAGGUGAAGCCCUUCUUCGCUGACGAGGAACUGUACACACCUGAUACUGCCUCAGCGAUCGCCCUGUGGUGGGCUCCUCAUCCGUUCAAUAAGAGAUCUGGGAAGAUGGUGCGCGCGCAGGACGUGCCACUCGUCAAGCAGUGGUACCUGGAGCAUUGCCCCCAGGGCCAACCCGUGAAGGUCCGAGUCUCGUAUCAAAAGCUUCUCAAGACGUAUGUGCUCAAUGAGUUGCACAAGAAGAAGCCUAAGGCCCAGAACAAGCAAAAUCUGUUGAAGACUCUGAAAUCUACCAAGUUCUUCCAGCAGACGACGAUCGACUGGGUUGAAGCUGGUCUCCAGGUUUGCCGCCAGGGUUUCAACAUGCUCAACCUCUUGAUUCACCGAAAGAACCUGACCUAUCUGCAUCUCGACUACAACUUCAAUUUGAAGCCAGUUAAGACACUGACCACUAAGGAGCGAAAGAAGUCCCGCUUCGGUAACGCUUUUCACUUGAUGCGUGAGAUUCUGCGCCUUACAAAGUUAAUUGUUGAUGCGCAAGUUCAAUAUCGUCUGGGUAACAUCGAUGCUUUUCAAUUGGCCGAUGGCAUUCUGUACGCUUUCAACCAUGUUGGACAGUUGACCGGUAUGUACCGUUACAAGUACAAGUUGAUGCAUCAAAUCCGUUCCUGUAAGGACUUGAAGCAUUUGAUCUACUACCGGUUCAACUCUGGGCCUGUUGGUAAAGGUCCUGGUUGCGGUUUUUGGGCCCCUGCUUGGCGCGUUUGGCUGUUCUUCAUGCGCGGUAUCAUUCCUCUUCUUGAGAGAUGGCUUGGAAACCUGCUUUCCCGUCAGUUUGAGGGUCGUCAUAGCAAGGGCGUUGCCAAGACCGUCACCAAGCAGCGUGUCGAGUCACACUUCGAUCUUGAACUGCGAGCCUCCGUCAUGGCGGAUCUGAUGGACAUGAUGCCUGAAGGUAUCAAACAGAACAAAGUCAACACAGUUCUGCAACAUCUGUCUGAAGCAUGGCGAUGCUGGAAGAGUAAUAUUCCCUGGAAGGUGCCGGGGCUUCCAGCACCCAUCGAGAAUAUUAUCUUGCGAUAUGUGAAGAGCAAGGCCGAUUGGUGGAUAUCUGUCGCGCACUACAAUCGUGAACGUAUUCGCCGCGGUGCCACCGUGGAUAAGACUGUUGCCAAGAAGAAUCUUGGUCGACUGACUCGACUAUGGCUCAAGGCUGAGCAGGAGAGACAGCACAAUUACUUGAAGGAUGGUCCUUAUGUAUCUUCGGAAGAAGCAGUGGCUAUUUACACAACCAUGGUGCACUGGCUUGAGUCUCGCAAGUUCUCACCCAUUCCGUUCCCGAGUGUCUCGUACAAGCAUGACACCAAGAUUCUUAUUCUUGCUCUUGAACGCCUCCGCGAGGCCUACUCUGUAAAGGGUAGACUGAACCAGAGUCAGCGAGAAGAACUUGCUCUCAUUGAACAGGCAUACGACUCUCCUGGAACCACGCUGGCCCGAAUCAAGAGGUUCCUGCUCACGCAGAGAGCAUUCAAGGAAGUUGGAAUCGAUAUGAACGACAAUUACAACAACAUCAACCCUGUCUAUGAUGUCGAACCGAUUGAAAAGAUCACGGACGCCUACCUGGACCAGUACCUUUGGUAUCAGGCAGAGCAGCGCCACCUAUUCCCAGCUUGGAUCAAACCUUCGGAUUCUGAAGUCCCUCCACUGUUGACCUACAAAUGGGCCCAGGGAAUCAAUAAUUUGUCCAACGUCUGGGAAACUGCUGAUGGCGAGACGAAUGUCAUGAUCGAAACGGAGCUAUCCAAGGUCUAUGAGAAGAUUGAUCUUACUCUCUUGAAUCGUUUGCUACGUUUGAUCAUGGAUCACAACUUGGCUGAUUACAUUACUUCGAAGAACAAUGUGCAGCUGAGCUACAAGGAUAUGAACCAUACCAACAGCUACGGAUUGAUCAGGGGUCUGCAGUUCUCCGGUUUCGUCUUCCAGUAUUAUGGUCUUAUGAUUGAUCUGCUGCUCCUUGGAUUGCAAAGAGCCAGUGAGAUGGCAGGUCCGCCACAGAGUCCCAACGACUUCUUGCAAUUCAGAGACCGUGCCACAGAGACAAGACAUCCCAUUCGUUUGUACACUCGCUACGUCGACAAGAUCUGGGUCUUCUUCAGAUUCACCGCCGACGAGUCCAGGGAUCUUAUUCAGCGCUUCCUUACGGAGAAUCCUGACCCUAAUUUUGAGAACGUCAUUGGAUAUAAGAACAAGAAGUGCUGGCCGCGUGAUUGCCGUAUGCGUCUGAUGCGACACGAUGUUAAUCUCGGCCGCGCUGCGUUCUGGGACUUGAAGAACCGUCUGCCACGGUCAAUUACGACGAUUGAAUGGGAUGAUACCUUUGCUAGCGUGUACAGCAAGGACAACCCGAACCUACUGUUCUCCAUGUGUGGAUUUGAGGUCCGUAUUCUGCCAAAGAUUCGCAAUCAGAAUGAGGAGUUCUCGGUCAAGGACAGUGUGUGGUCUCUGGUAGACAACACCACCAAGGAGCGCACAGCCCAUGCUUUCUUGCAAGUAACGGAGGAGGACAUUCAGAAAUUCAACAACCGAAUUCGGCAAAUCCUCAUGUCCUCCGGUUCAACCACUUUCACCAAGAUCGCCAACAAGUGGAACACCGCUCUUAUCGCGCUCUUUACGUAUUAUCGUGAAGCUGCUGUCUCCACCGUCAAUCUCUUGGACACGAUUGUCAAAUGCGAGACCAAGAUUCAGACUCGCGUUAAGAUUGGUCUGAACUCCAAGAUGCCCUCGCGUUUCCCUCCUGCGGUCUUCUACACGCCAAAGGAAUUGGGAGGUCUGGGCAUGAUUUCGGGUUCUCAUAUUUUGAUUCCCGCCAGCGACAAGCGGUGGUCGAAGCAGACGGAUACUGGCAUUACUCACUUCCGAGCGGGGAUGUCACAUGACGAGGAGACCCUCAUUCCUAAUAUCUUCCGAUACAUCAUUCCAUGGGAGGCCGAGUUCAUCGACUCUCAGCGAGUCUGGAUGGAAUACUCUCAGAAGCGGAUGGAAGCUCAGCAGCAGAAUCGCCGUCUGACUUUGGAGGACUUGGAAGAUAGCUGGGAUCGUGGUCUCCCUCGUAUCAACACUCUUUUCCAGAAGGAUAGAAGCACACUCAGCUUCGAUAAGGGUUUCCGUCUCAGAGCAGAGUUCAAGCAGUACCAGCUGAUGAAGAGCAAUCCAUUCUGGUGGACAAGCCAACGUCAUGACGGUAAGCUCUGGAACUUGAACGCCUACCGCACAGACGUCAUUCAAGCGCUUGGUGGUGUUGAGACGAUUCUGGAGCACACCUUGUUCAAGGCCACUGCCUUCCCCUCUUGGGAGGGUCUUUUCUGGGAACGAGCGUGCCUUGCCAAGGGGACACGGCUGCUGCGGUACGAUGGUAGCGAAAUCGAGGUCCAGGAUGUCAAAGAAGGAGACCUACUUCUUGGUCCCGACGGCGGUCCUCGUCGCGUCUUCAACAUUGUGAAUGGUGAAGACCGUCUCUAUCGCAUCAAGAUCGAUAGAGGUAUAGAGGAUCUUGUGGUUACGCCAAACCAUAUCCUUGUUCUUCACCGGGAGAAGAAGGCCAAAAAUAACGAGGAUGACGAGCUGCCUGAAGUCCCAGCAGCAGAGCGUUACGAUACCGUUGAAAUGACCGCCGCUGAGUUCGCCGCCCUCAGUACCGAGGAACGGAGUCUGUAUCGAGCGUUCAGAUGUCCUGGCUUCGAAUUGUCUGAGAAGGCAGUGCCGGCAAAUCAUAGUUUCACGAUCAAAGAUAUUCGACUUGAGCUCGAGACCACGGAGUGGGCCGGUUUCCGAGUCGACAAAGAUCAGCUUUACCUGCGACACGAUUAUCUUGUCUUGCAUAACAGUGGUUUCGAAGAAUCGAUGAAGUUCAAGAAGCUUACCAAUGCUCAGCGAUCUGGUUUGAACCAGAUUCCUAACCGUCGAUUCACCCUGUGGUGGUCGCCAACAAUCAACCGUGCCAACGUCUAUGUCGGUUUCCAGGUGCAGCUUGAUCUUACAGGUAUCUUCUUGCACGGCAAGAUCCCUACUUUGAAGAUUUCCUUGAUUCAGAUCUUCCGUGCGCACUUGUGGCAGAAAAUCCACGAAUCCGUUGUCAUGGACUUGUGCCAGGUGUUUGAUCAGGAACUCGAGCAGUUGGGCAUCGAAGCUGUCCAGAAGGAGACCAUCCACCCACGUAAGUCUUACAAGAUGAACAGUUCGUGCGCAGACAUCCUGCUCUUCGCAACAAACAAGUGGAACGUGACUAGACCUUCCAUUUUGUUCGACACCAAAGACGUCUACGAGCCGACCACGACCAACAAGUUCUGGCUUGAUGUACAGUUGAGAUACGGCGAUUACGACUCUCACGAUAUCGAGAGAUAUGUCCGCGCCAAGUAUCUCGACUACACUACCGAUAGCAUGAGUAUCUAUCCUUCCGCCACUGGUCUCAUGAUCGGUAUUGAUCUUGCAUACAAUCUCUAUUCAGCGUACGGACAGUACUUCCCAGGCUUGAAGACUCUGAUCCAGCAGGCCAUGGCCAAGGUCAUGAAGGCAAACCCUGCCUUGUAUGUACUAAGAGAGCGUAUUCGAAAGGGUCUGCAGCUGUAUGCGUCUGAAAGCAACCAGGAGUUCCUCAACUCUCAGAAUUACUCUGAACUGUUCAGUCCUCAGAUUCAACUGUUCAUUGACGAUACUAAUGUCUACCGUGUCACCAUUCAUAAGACCUUCGAAGGUAACUUGACCACAAAGCCCAUCAACGGUGCCAUCUUCAUCUUCAACCCUAGGACCGGUCAACUCUUCCUCAAGAUUAUUCACACCAGUGUUUGGGCUGGUCAGAAGCGUCUUGGCCAAUUAGCGAAGUGGAAGACAGCCGAAGAAGUUGCAGCACUCAUUCGAUCUCUGCCUGUGGAAGAACAGCCUAAGCAGCUCAUCGUCACUCGAAAGGGUCUUCUGGAUCCCCUUGAAGUCCAUCUGCUCGACUUCCCCAACAUCUCCAUCCGUGCCUCUGAGCUCCAGUUGCCGUUCCAGGCUGCCAUGAAGGUCGAGAAGCUGGCAGAUAUGAUUUUGCGGGCAACCGAACCACAAAUGGUACUCUUCAACCUCUACGAUGAAUGGCUCAAGUCCAUCUCUCCGUAUACCGCCUUCUCCCGGCUGAUUCUUAUUCUGCGAGCUCUGCACGUCAAUAUCGACAAGGCCAAGAUCAUCUUGCGACCUGACAAGACAGUAAUUACACAAGAGCAUCACAUCUGGCCUACGCUAUCGGAUGAAGAUUGGAUCAAGGUUGAAGUGCAACUUCGUGACUUGAUUCUCAACGAUUAUGGAAAGAAGAACAAUGUGAAUGUGCAGAGUUUGACGAGCAGCGAAGUCCGAGACAUUAUCCUUGGUAUGGAGAUUAGUGCGCCUUCACUGCAGCGGCAGCAGGCCGCGGAAAUUGAGAAGCAGCAGGAGGAAGCGAAGCAGCUCACAGCUGUCACGACGAAGACGCAGAAUGUUCGUGGUGAAGAAAUCAUCGUCACGACCACUUCUCAGUACGAACAGCAGUCGUUUGCUUCGAAGACCGAAUGGCGUACACGGGCAAUUGCGACCUCGAAUCUUCGCACGAGAGCCAAUAAUAUCUACAUUUCGUCAGACGAUGUUUCAGAGGAAGGAUACACUUAUAUCAUGCCCAAGAACAUCCUUCGUCGCUUCAUCACCAUUGCCGAUCUUCGAGUGCAGGUUGCUGGGUAUCUCUACGGUAGCUCCCCUCCUGAUAACGACCAAGUGAAGGAGAUUCGAACCAUCGUCAUGAUUCCGCAGGUCGGAAAUACUCGAGAUGUGCAGUUGCCCCAACAGUUGCCACAGCAUGAGUAUCUGAACGGGCUUGAGCCUCUCGGUGUCAUCCACACGAUCUCUGGCAAUGAGCCACAUUACAUGACUGCUAUGGAUGUGACUCAGCACGCGCGGUUGAUGAAUGCUCACCCCUCGUGGGACAAGAAGACCGUCACGAUGACAGUGUCAUUCACCCCUGGAUCUGUUUCCCUUGCAGCGUGGGGGCUGACGCCCCAGGGUUACAAGUGGGGAGCUGAGAACAAAGACACCACAUCUGACCAACCACAAGGGUUCUCGACCAGCAUGGGUCAGAAAUGUCAACUGCUGCUCAGCGACAAGAUACGCGGAUACUUCUUAGUCCCUGAAGAUAAUGUGUGGAACUAUAGCUUCAUGGGAAGCUCUUUCGGCAGCGUCGAAAAGCGACCUGUCUAUGUCAAGAUUGAUACACCGUUGAGAUUCUAUGACGACCAACAUCGUCCUUUGCAUUUCCAGAACUUUGCUGAACUCGAGGACAUUUGGGUUGAUCGUUCCGAUAAUUUCGCUUAA